AUGGAGAAGGGCACCAAGCCAGAUUACUUGGCCACCGUGGAUGUGGAUCCCAAGAGCCCCACCUACUCUCAGGUGAUCCACCGUUUGCACAUGGCGGAGCCGGGCGACGAGCUGCACCACUUGGGCUGGAACGCCUGCUCCAGCUGCCGCGGUCAAACGGGACGCCCCACGCAUUCCUUCAUCGUGGCGCCCGGCGUCUUGUCGGGCAACAUCCACAUCAUCGACGUGAAGUCGGAUCCCAAGGCACCGAAGCUCCACAAGACCAUCCCAGGGCCGGAGAUUCUGAGCAAAGUGGGUGCGGCGUUGCCGCAUACCACGCACUGCGCUCCGGACGAGCUCAUCAUGUCCUUCAUGGGCAGUGGCACUGCGAAGGAUGGCUUCAAACCGGAAGGCGCUGGCUUUGUGUCCUUUGACCCCAGGACGUUUGAGAUCAAGCGACGUUGGGAGGCGGGGCCCAAGGCACCAACCUUUGGAUAUGACUUUUGGUAUCAGCUGCGGCACGAUGUCAUGAUCUCCUCUGAGUGGGGCGAUCCUGAUUGCUUCACCAAGGGCUUCAAUCCAGGCCAUGUCUCGGAAGGAAAGUAUGGCAACAAGCUCUACGUCUGGAACUUCAAGGAUCAUACUUUGAAGCAGGAGAUUGAUUUGGGUGCCGGCGCCAUUCCCUUGGAAGUCCGCUUCUUGCACAAUCCCGAGAAGCCCGUGGCCUUUACUGGAUGUGCCCUGAGCUCCGAGAUGAUCCAGAUCACACCGAAGAGUGAUGGUCAAUGGGCAGCCAAGUGUGUGAUCAAAGUGGACCCCAUUCCGGUCACAGGCUGGGCCUUGCCUCAUAUGCCAGGGCUCAUCACGGAUUUCUUGAUCUCCAUGGACGAUCGGUUUUUGUAUCUCUCCAAUUGGUUGCACGGCGACGUGCGUCAGUACGACCUCAGCGGUGAAGAGCCGAAGCUGGUGGGACAGUUCUUCGUGGGAGGUUCCAUGAAGCGUGGAGGCCCCGUGAAGCGCACCGAUGGAGAGGAACAACCUGAAGCCUUGGUGGUGAAGGGAGUGGAAAUCCAAGGUGGAGCACAGAUGGUCCAACUGAGUCUGGAUGGAAAGCGGCUUUACGUGUCCACGUCCCUCUUUUCUUCCUGGGACAAGCAGUUCUAUCCGGACAUGGCCACACGUGGUGCGCAGAUGAUUCAGUUGGAUGUCGACACCGAGAAGGGCGGGCUCACAUUGAACCCCGAUUUCUUGGUGGAUUUUGGACAAGAACCCGAUGGCCCAGUGCUGUGCCAUGAAAUGCGACUGCCGGGCGGCGACUGCACCAGUGACAUCUUCCUCUAA